AUGAAUUUUUCUUACGGUGACGAUCACGAUGAAGACGAUUUGCCAGUUAUAUCAAUACCUAAGAUUACACAUCAAGUAAGACAAAAUCAGAAUCAGAGUUAUGAACGAAAUCAUACAGAAGAUGAUUAUCUAACGCGACUAAUCGGAAAUUGGCAAAAUUUGUAUGAGACAAGUGUUCAAUCUUUAUAUUCCGAUGACGAAGAUCAAAGGUCAACAACCCAACAACCAUUCUACAUUGAUCGGCAAACACCUGCUGCACAACCUCAAAGAGAGAUACAUCCAUCACCGUCCAUCUAUCAUUCGGAAUUAGAAGCGAAUUUAUCUAAGUCAAAAUGGCAAAUACGUUUACCGGAAUUACUCAGCGGCACAGUUGGUCCUGACCGCCAAAAACGAAAUCUUACACGUCGACAUACGACUAGUGUUGUUUUUCAAGUGAAAAAUCCACACAAUAGUGAACUCAAUGAACCUCAUACGAGUAUGAUCGGAGACGAUCGACCGAGAAGUCCUAUGGUUCAACAAUUGAAACAAAAAUUUGAUCGCAUGUCAAGUACUGAAAAUUUAUCUAUGGGUAUCUCUAGCAACCAUCCCCAACCUUCAUUUAGUAAUCAACAAGGAAUCCGUCGAGUAGCCAGCAUAGCCGGUCGUCCUCUAACUAGCAAUAUCACUGAACAUAUCAACCGAACACCACGAUCAUUUUUACCUAUUCGUCCAUCGGCUGAAUUAACAAUCAGCAAACCACGAACAGCUAGUGUCGGAGCAGCAUCUAAUCGAUCGGUGACUACCAACGGUCGUGCAUCGCGCGAACGCAUGAAUCCGCCUGUUAGUUAUCCGAAAUAUUUUUACCCUCCACCUUCAACAACAGCUGUUGUCAAACAAUUAAUUGGCGGAGGUGCGACGCUUGUUUAUGAUAGUAUUUCAUCAUCAACAAGUACAUCUCCGCGUAAUUCUCCACGACUUAAACAUCAACGAAGUAUUGACAAACGUAUCGAAGAUAUUUCCAAUUCGAAUGUACUUCUAACUGGCCGACAACUAGUCUCCGAUUCAAGCUCGGAAACCUAUGCAACGAUAAAACCGAGAAUUUAUGAUAAACCAACACCCAAAAAAUCUAAUGAGGAUGAUCCGGAAAAUAUUUAUUGUGAACCAAUAUCUCGUGAAACGUCGGCGAAUUCGUCGCCAUCGCCGUCUCCUCGAAUUUCUACAAAUACGACAUGGAACCAACGAAAAUAUGUCGACGAAGACGAGCCCGAAAACUAUUAUCCUGUUUACGAUACGAAUAAAUAA